AUGGGGGAUGGCUUUUAUGAGAAGAAAAUCCAGUGUAUUUUCCUCUCUGAGACUCCUGCUUCUUCAGUGUCAUCUCUAAACAUGUUCACAUCCGGAGGACUUGCUCCAAGCCUGAUCAUCACAAAUAGUACAUACACUGGCAUCUUCCACUUCAACUUAACUUUGUUUAGUGACCAGAUUUACUGGCUCAUUGAUAUUCCCAGGGAAAAUAUUACCCGAAAUACAGAUAUUGCUUCUGUAGAAGAAUGGUGGGUAAGAAUCAGUCUAAAAUAUGGAUUAGAUAUUUAUACUACUGAAGGAACACUAUUGGACACAGUUCGAGAGCCCAUUCUUCAGACUAAUGUUGGGGCUGAAAUGACACUCGAGGAAAUCACCGAAAUUUACUCCUCCGUCAAAGCACUCAAGGUGACAAAGAGCCCUUGUGCAAACGACGUCGCACUGAUUGGUUACAUUUUGAACUUGAACCACAGUGGCAUUUACGUGGGCCUCACCACUUCCGGAUUUUGGAAUUCUCAAGAGACCAAAUGGUAUAAUCUGACAGAUGCCAUCUAUAUUGGAUAUGAGCACGAGCAUCUGACACUGGUCGACAUGGUUUUGACAAAUAUGCACUUAAUUCUCCUCGCUUCUACUGGUCUUUUUGUAACUAAUCUUUAUCAACCAAUGUACCCAUGGUUAAAGUUUUCAAGGAUAGAAUUUUGCGGUUUUAAAUCGGCUGACUUUAUCAAAGGGAAAUUGUGGUAUACUGAAAGAUGUCUGGCUAACAGAGAGAAGUUUGAAGUGGAUUAUGUCAGCAUCACCUUUGACAGAAACAAGACCCUGAGUGAGUCAAGUUCUUGUUUCUAUAGUAGUGCACCAUUUCGCAAAUGGUUGCCCUGCUUACAUCAACUGACAACGAGGCAGAGAGUUUUAAGCCCCAAAGUCAUAAGCUUUCUUGUGGACGAAGAGAACAGAUGUGGGAUCUAUCUUCUACAUAAAGUGAAACAAACUUCUGCCACGGUGAACACCUUCAAAUACAACAGUCUAAGUAUAACAACUAAAUUUCCGACCUUCAUUUUCCCUCGAUCGUUCUCGAAGCCCCUAGGGAUGGUAUUUCAUCCACGAAGCCACUUUCUGUACGCUUACGGCAAUCAGAUAUGGCUUUCAAUGGAUGGUGGCAACACUUUUGAAUUAAUCGCUAGCUUUUAUUAUGAAUACAUCAAGGAAACUUCUCACAGUUUUUAUACUUCAGACAUUGUUUUUAUUUCCGAUCGUGGAAACAUUUAUAGGACAAAGGCAGGAUUAAGCAUAUAUGAGAAAUUUGGAAUUGUUCGUGAAAAAGCUUUUGCAUUGUAUUACGAUCACAUGGGGUUCUUACACAAAUUGACUCCGAAUAGAUAUCUGAUAGGUUUCAACAUGCUCUUCUCAUCUUCCUUUUGCCAGAAUCCCGAUCAGAGCUUCCAUACAGCACUCGCCCCACAGCUCCUGACCUUCCGUGAGAUCAUCUUCUUUGCCUAUGUGCCCCUGAAUGAGUCCCUGUGGAACGUACACAAAAGGAAGUUCUCUGGCAUUCACAAAGGCAAAGUUAUCAGCUACAGCAAAAUUGGAAGUGCUUACAUAAAAAAGAUACUUUAUCAUGACACUCCUGCCGGAUUUUUGUCUUCAGUUAUUGCAGAAAUUAUAGAACCUUUUGGAGUAGAAAAAGAAGAUGAGAGUUCUUGUUUAUAUAGUUCCCUUUCCAUUACGCCAACUAAUUAUCCCUUCUAUGUGCUUACUCUUACAUCACAAGAUCCCAAUGUUGUUUCUUUAUUUCAAAAAACGGAUGUAGAGAAGACAGUGGUGAUCGUUGGUUACAGCAGCUUCCUAAUCACAAAAAUUGUAAAUAAUACUAAUGCCUUAGCCCUGGCUACCAUGCCUUCAAUAGUACCCCGGAAUAUGACCUUUCGAAGUGACUCCUGGUUCCUAUAUGACUUCGGGCUACUCAACAGACGCAAAUGGUCUAUACAUUCAAAACGGUGCAAUUACUGGUUGCAGCCACUUGAUGAUUCGUUAACUCUCAGUCUCCAGAAAUAUAUUGACUUGGGGGAAUCUUACACUUUUAAAAUUAAGAUCAUACCUACUCUAAGAGAUCCUGAACACUUUGAAAGUCCACAGCUGAAAAUAAUUGCUGGAAACGCACAUUUGUUUCAUAUUCAGAGUAAACACUCUUUUGAUGACACUGAUAAUUAUAUGCUGGAAGUGACUGUGACAAGCAGAAGUUUAGAUCUAGGUUUCAUUUCCCUGGCAUUUGUCAUCUGGGAUGCCUCGACCAACUGUGUUGUGACAACCGUCAUCCCAACCUUGAAAAGCAGCUGCAGCUAUGUCAAGGCUAUGCACCACGUACCCUACAUACAUAUCCCCAAGGAAGACUGGAUUAAGGGCGUUCGCAAAGACAGUCAGGGUUUCAAUCUCAUCAAAACUCUGCCGGUGAACUACAGGCCUCCAUCUAACAUGGGAAUCGCUAUUCCACUCACGAAUAACUUUUACCAUGCGGAUCCCAGCAAGCCCAUCCCAAGAAAUCUAUUCCCCGAGUCAAGAAAACGGGGUCAGUUCAAGCAAUGUGCUGGGGCGUCCAAUCGAGAGCAGUGUCAUUGUACAGAUAAUGAUAAGUAUUCAUAUGCUGUUGCUGUCUCAGACUGCAGAGAAAAGGUUCCUCGGUUUAAAUUUCCGGUCACAAACUAUCCCAUUACUUUGGAAAUUCACGACGAGAAUGGCAAUAUCCCAGUAGCCAGGCCAUACCUGGUGACCGUGUCAGAAGUGAAUCAGAGAGGGAACUGGAAAUUAAAAUACAGUGUACCAAGUGAUAUCAAGAAACUGAAAGAAUACUCAGAAUUUCUUUUUCAAGUUCCUGUGUAUAACCCUGUAGGCCUCAACUUAAGUAUAGAGGGCUCGGAGCUUUUUCACUUCAGAGUGUCCGUCGUUGAAGGCAUCAGUUUUUGUGAGUUAACUGAAGAAUUUCAGAUCUAUGUGGACGAAGUUCCCUUGCCAUUCCCUGGACACACUCUGAUUGCCGUCGCUGCUGCCGUCCUGCUGGGGGGCCUAAUCAUUAUAGCAUUCAUGCUGCAAAUCUGCAACAUCCACCCCUGUGACUUAGUCCAGAAGUUGAUCCAAAAGCGUGGCAUCUACCAUCCCAAAUUUCAUGGCAAAAAUGCUCAUAAAUGA